UCAUCCUUUUAUCUCAUUCUCACACAACCUUCUCCCCCCUUUUAUAUAUAUCUUUUCCUAACUCUCUCUACCACCUCUCUUUCUUUCUUUCUCCCUUUCUUCUCAAUCACUCUUAUCCCAAACGCCAUCGCCCAACGCCGUUUAGGGUUUCAGGUUGAAAUAAGUGGUUUAUUGUCGUCAAAAUGUCAUCUCCAAGCAAGAGACGGGAAAUGGAUGUAAUGAAAUUGAUGAUGAGUGAUUAUACAGUGGAGACGAUAAAUGAUGGACUUACAGAAUUCAAUGUGGAGUUUAACGGUCCAAAAGAAAGCCUUUAUGAAGGUGGAGUUUGGAAGAUUCGUGUUGAACUUCCUGAUGCAUAUCCUUACAAAUCCCCUUCUAUCGGCUUCGUGAACAAAAUAUACCACCCGAAUGUUGAUGAGUUAUCUGGCUCUGUAUGCUUGGACGUAAUUAACCAAUCAUGGAGUCCAAUGUUUGAUCUUCUAAACGUCUUUGAAGUUUUUCUCCCACAACUAUUGCUUUAUCCAAACGCUUCAGAUCCUUUGAAUGGCGACGCAGCAUCCUUAAUGAUGAAGGAUAGAAAGUUGUAUGACCAAAAAGUUAAAGAGUAUUGUGAGCGGUAUGCUAAGAAGGAAAACAUUUCCAACAAUGGUACAGCUGAUGGUGAAGACACCGACGAGGAAGACAUCAGUGAAGCAGACACCCAAUCUAGUGAUGAUGAAAUUCCUGGUCAUGCUGACCUUUAAAUAGUGCUCUUCAAGUUUAAGGGUCCAUGUAUUAUUACACACAUUUACUUGUUUAGUUAUAAUCAUAAGAUGUAGGGUUAUUUCUAUGUACUAUUUUUCUGCCCUUGUAAUAACAGUUAUCCUGUAUAAUAAUUUCUUAUAAAAUAUGUUAUCAGGGCUUUAAGCUUUAAA